AUGGCGUCUAUAGAGCCGCGAGGCCAGCCGAUCGACCUCCACGAUUUGAGCGAGCACAUACGCGCCUCGAGAGGCGGCUCCCAGCGGCCGUGGCCUCGCCGCCAAGACAGCAAACCCAAGGACGAGUGGCACGUUAUCGAGGUCGGCAGCGACGCCUCCAAGGAGUGGGCAAGUAGCCCAAAAGUCGAAGAAGCGUGCUCGGGAUACCCGUCGCCUCUGGGGACCGCCACGCCCUUGUCGUAUAGCACGAAUUUCCUCCAUCCCGCCACGCCCGAUGGCAGGGAAUCGACAUUCACCCCGAGGGGGGACGAGUUCAACGACACCGCCUCCCUCACGGCGAGGUCGAACAGAGACGGAAGGAAAAAGUCGAGCAAAUUCGUGUGGUGGACCUUUGGCCUGUGGUUGCUCGGGGUCCUGAUGAUGACGUUGACGACCGUGUACUCGACCGGCUCGGCCAAGGCCCUGAUGAGGAUGAACUUCUUCGUCAUGUCGUCCAAGAACUCCAUCUUGAUCCUGCGCGUGCUGACGGAGCUCUGCGCCGUUACCUUGGCUGCCCUCGUCGUGGUCGUGGUCGAGGACUUGCAAUGGGCACUGGCAUCUCGCCCUGGCGGCGUGAGUCUGUUGACCUUUGUUGGGCUCGAUAGCGGCACCGGCGUCUGGGGACUCUUGCGCCUCCUGGCGACGGCCGAGUGGAAGCAAAAGUACUCGAGUUUGUUCCGUCUUCUGGUCAUCUGCUCGAUCCCUCUGCCGGGCAUUAUCCUAAUGGGUGCUCUCUCCAUCGACAUGGUCACCUUUCCUGAAAAGACUUACAACGUGUCUGCUGGAAUUGGCCGUUUCAACGCCUCCUACGUCUACGAGAUCCGCCAGUCCACCGCAACAGCAUUGUUGGUGCAAAUGGGCAGCCCUGCCUGGUCUGACAGGGAGUCCUUCUCCGUGGACCCUCUGGGCGAGGGUCAAGGGCAGUGUAUUGGCUCGAACGGCAGGGGGGUGCCGUGUGACGAGUCUCACAUACUCACAGGCGGCGUGUUUGCCGUUGCGCCGCAAACCGAUGAUUUGAAGCAGUUCCCAAACGCGGGAGCAUACGUCGUUCCCAAGACGCGAAUCGUCCAGCUGGAGUACGGCAAAGUGCAAGACCUCGAAGGCCUCCGCUCGACCGGCAAAUGUUUCCUUCUCGGCGCCGCCCACGCCGCCUCGUACUGGUGUGCCGAUGUCAGCGAGGGAAACGGGUUUCUGUUUGACUGGACCAACCGCCUGGAGAUUUCCUCCUCGCUCUUUGUGUACUCGCGUCACGCGACCGUCACAUACGAUCGCAGGAACUUCUCCAUCCUGGCAGUGUCCGACAUGUCUCCGCCGCUCCAAGAGAUCAUCACCCUCGAGGAGUACAUGCUGUCGCUGUCGGCGGUUGUCCCGGGCUUCAACACGAGCGCCGCGGCGACCAAGGGGGACAACUCGGCCCUCGCCAUCUACGCCGUCACGGCGCUGCCGAUCAACGAGAGUGAGGUGGCGAAGAAGCAGUCGCUUAAGGCCAUCCGGAAGGCCAUGUCGGUGCCGUUCCACUACUUCCAUGCCAACUACUUUUCCAGCGGGCCCUCGAUCUGGGAGCUCACGGGGCCCCGUCAGGGGCUGUCGGAGGACAUGUACACGACCAUGUCCAUAUCGAUCCUCAGCCACCAAGUCGUGGCGGGCAAGGUCAGCAGGGCGCUCUUCGUAGUCGUGAGCGGGCUGAUCCUGCUUCUCUCGGCGGCCAUCAUCAUAGCCACGUCGAGGGUCUGUGUGAAGAGGCCAGAGAGGUGCGGCUACCCAACGCUGGACUUUGCCGCCGUGUGCGCGAUGAAGGGAGGGAUGCAACCUUCACCACCAACGGAAUGGGCGGAUAGACGAGAGGCGGCGGAUGAUGGCCCGCCGGACCACGUGAACAGGCUACACAGGAGUCUGACAGAGUUGGGCAAGAAGCCUAAAUCAUUCGAGGUUGCGAAGAAUAUCCAGAACGAUAGAGUAAUCAUCGGGUAG